AUGAAGAAACCUGAAGUAAGCAAGAGUAGCACGGAAAGCAGUUCUGGGUCCAGCUCUGGUUCCAGUAGUAGCGGAUCUAGCUCAACCAGUUCAGGAUCAGGUUCCAGUAGUUCAGAUUCUGAAACAUCAACAUCAGAUAUUCAACCAAAAACGGAACCAAAAUCACCGAAACAAGGUCCUUCCAGUGAACCUAAGAAAGAAAAAGAAUGCAAACCAACAAAAGCAGCUAAAUCUAAAAACAAAUCCUCAAGUGAAGUAGACAGGUCAAAAGCACCCAGUCCCAAACCAAUGCCGCAAAGACAAAGAGGUGGUCCAAAAAAGAAAAAUGCUGCUAGCGUUUUAGUUAAGAAGAAACCUACAGCAAAAUCUGCAGGGGCUAAAUCGGGAACUGCAAAAGCUACAAACCGAACAAUCAAAAGUGAAAGCUUGUCCAAGCAGAAGAGUAUAUUUUCACCUGAAAAUAGCUCGGAUUCUGAAUCAGAGAGCAAAAAUAAACCUAAAACUGGAUCUAAGGCACCUCCAAAAGCCAAGAAAGCACAAAAAAAACAAACUGAAGAAAAUAUUGUUUCACCUUCAAAACCCAUUGAAAAACCAACUUCAAGCUCUAAAGACAAUGAAGUUACAGUUAAGAAAAAAACAAAUAAGUCAAACGCACCUCAAAAGCUUGCCAAGAAAGUGCCUGAGAACAAAAAACCACCAUUGUGUACGUCAUGUCCAUCAUAUGGAGAUUCUGGAUCAUCAGAAAGUGAGAAAGAGAUAGAAAAGAAAAAAGAUUCAGCUAUAGCCAAGCCUCCCAAGCAAGACGACCAAAAACCUAGCACAAGCCGCGAAGCAAGUGAAACAGUUGGUGGUACUGCGCCGAGGAAGUUAACGCGUUCGAAAACCGCUCGGGCCUCGCGAAAGCCAAAAGUCAAUCCUUCAGAUUCUGACACAGAAUCUGAUGCUGAAGGAAAAAGCACCGGAAAAAGUAAAGAAGAUAAAAGGCCAACCAAAGCCCGAGUGGCCCUGGUUAAGUCUCCAGUCAUCCCGUCUCAACCAACAGCUCCCUCUGAGAAAAGGUGUCCAGUUAGGGGAUGUGACUCUACUGGACAUUUAGGUGGAGUGGCGGAUAGACACUUUACCUACGACGCUUGCCCCGUCUACCAUAACGUAACAGGCCCCUGGUGCGUAGCUGCUGCAGAAGAACGUAAUGCUGCAGCCGCUAUUGGGAAAAAAGCAAAGGCUUCUAUGACUAACCGAUCACGAGCUAUGCCCACAAUCGAUCAGCGUGCCUAUCAGCUAAAAAUCAAGGAUUUGCGGAGCAAAUGGAAAGGCAAAAAUGACAAGAGAGCAAAGUCGAAUAAUGAAGACUACAAUGAAGAAAGGGAGCCGGUCCUCGAUGGAUUUGCGCCGGAUUAUGAUCUAAGGCUAUUCCGGGAUGCGCAAGCGCUGGCUGCUGUGAAAAAGGAGGAAGGAUUGGACGAUAUACCAACGGAUAAAGGGACUAGAUAUGUGGUGAUGGGCAAAUAUAUGAUGGAGGUUCUAUACCAGUCUCCAUAUCCAGGGGCCGCGGCGAGGGUGCCGCGACUUUUCGUCUGCGAGUUUUGUUUGAAGCACCAAGCUUGCGAGACCGGCGCAAAUCGACACAGAGCUAAGUGCGUCUGGCGACACCCACCGGGGGAUGAGAUAUACAGAAAAGAUUCGCUUAGCGUAUGGGAAGUGGAUGGUCGCAAGCAAAAACAGUAUUGCCAGCAACUCUGCCUGCUCGCAAAAUUCUUUCUCGACCAUAAAACGCUGUACUAUGACGUUGAACCAUUCCUCUUCUAUGUGAUGACUACGGCUGAUGGCGAGGGUUGCCAUAUCAUCGGGUACUUCAGUAAGGAAAAGAAUUCUUUCCUGAACUACAACGUCUCGUGUAUACUAACAUUGCCUCCGUAUCAAAGGCAAGGUUAUGGGCGACUGCUCAUUGAUUUUAGCUACCUUCUAACGAAAGAAGAAGGCAAAGUUGGUUCACCGGAAACCCCUCUAUCGGACCUGGGUCUCAUAUCUUACCGGUCCUACUGGAGGGAGGUGAUCCUCAACCAACUAUGUAUUGCCGAGGGACCUGCUCUUAGCAUACGGGACUUGAGCAAGAAUUUGGGCAUAGCGUCUUCGGAUAUCGUGUCCACUUUGCAAGAAAGAGGACUUAUGAAGUAUUGGAAAGGGAAACAUAUUGUCUUGUCCAAGGAGGAGGUACUCAAAGAAGCCUAUCUGCGUGCGGCCGGCGCUCGUUCCGUGGACCCUUCCUGCCUCCGGUGGUGGGGCCGACCGGCGCCGCGCUGA